AUGACUUUAGUACAGACAGUGACUAAGGAAAAGUUGUAUAGCGAAUGCUACAACAAGAAUCAGAUUUAUCGAAUGAUUAAGAAGGGUGAAAUGCCUGCUGCGCUAAACAAUGUGGUAGACUAUGAGUUCUAUCUCUAUUUGAGUUCAUCAGUUAUGGCUUCAAGUUCACAGGAAGGUAACAUCGAUUUCGAGACAUCUUCGAGUGGGCGGUACAUACGGUACAAUGAGAUAAUUGGAAAAGGUACUACGAAAAAAGUCUACAAGGGCUUGGAUAGGGCACUUGGUAUGGAAAUUGCUUGGUGUAAAACAGAACUAACAGAGGAUAUGUUAAAUAACAUGGAAUUUCUUGAGCUUUUACUGACAGAAGGUGGUCUUUUGAUGUUAUUAGAUCAUGAAAAUAUAGUUAAAUGCUACGAUUCUUGGGUUGAUGAAGAAGCGAAAACCAUUCACAUGAUUACUGAGUAUUUUCCUUCAGGAAAUUUGGUGCAGUAUCUCAGGAAUAAUCACACGCUUGAAGGUAAUGCUGCAAUCAAGAAUUGGUGCAGACAGAUUCUGAAUGGGAUUGCUUAUCUUCACAGUCAAACUCCGCCAAUUGUUCACCGUGACAUUAAGGCCGAAAACAUCUUUAUCAAUGGGAAGACAGGAUGUGUUAAACUUGCAGAUUUUGGUUUCGCGCUUAGUCUUGAACAGGGGACAUGUAGUCAGAAAUAUGGCACACCGCGUUACAUGGCACCAGAGAUUCGUGAAGGAAAUGGUUAUAAUCAGUUGGCUGACAUACACUCUUUCGGAAUGUGCGUACUAGAGAUGUUCACUGGUGAACCUCCAUACAGCAACUGCAGUACACAAAGCGGGUUUUUAGCGUUGGUUGAGGCCGGUGUUGAGCCUCCAGAACUAUGCAAAGUGGAAGGUGAUGAUGCUUAUCAGUUCAUUAGUAAGUGUCUGGCUCCUGCAUCUGAAAGACCCUCAGCAAUUGAACUCUUGAAUGACCCGUUUCUUGCACCGAGUUUCCGGAGCAUCCUAACAGCAAGAUUUCUGAGUCUGGUACGCUUUGUACACAGGGUUUGUUCUUGCCUAUCCUGA